UCUGUUGUUCUCUCCUACAGUAACGUUAAGUCAUUUGCUAUGGAGACCAACAGCAACAGAAAUAGUGAUAAAUCUUUAAAAGCGUUCUAAAUACCAAACAAGGAACAUGGCUGCUGUAAGAAAAAAUGGAAAAUCUCCCAUAAUGACCGCUGCAGUAAGCUGCUCCAGACUGCGGCAGGUCCAGGCUCUGCUGAAGGAUGAUGUUAAUACAGCUCCAGAUGGCAUUCUGUGUUCCCUGGGUAUUGACAGCCGCUAUAAUGUAGGAUGCAGUGAGCUGGCCAACUAUCUUUUCUGUGGCCGGUAUAAACACAACCGUUUUGACAUAGAGCAGAUCCCAGAGGACUUCCCAGAAGAAGUGCUAGAUGAUGUGAUCAUCCUUAUUAAGGCCGAGUGUGUACAUCUGUACUGUAACCCAGUGAAUUAUGGCUACCUUCUUCCCUAUGUUUCUCACUGGAGGAACCUGCACCUCCACUGUUUGACCGAGACAGAGUAUGAGGAUGAAGAGGUGGCGGAGGAAUUUAAGAUAUCUAGUUUUGUCUCCAUGGUUCAAGACUGCAGGUGUAUCGGGAUCCCCUACAGUUCCUGUGGCCAUGUUCAGAAGUUUGACAUGUUCAUGUUGGAGAAAUGGCCAAUCAUUCAGGCAUUUGCAUUGGAAGGAAUAGGGGCUGGAGUGUUUUUCACCAUGAAAUAUAAGCUAACAGAUGUGAGUCAGAAACUCUGGCAAGUCUAUAGUAGAUUGGACCCAGUGUCUCUAGACAGCCUUCUUAAUGAGGAUUUGCAGUUUUUUGAAAGACAAUGGAGUUCUCUUUUCUCCAGUAUGGACAUAGAGAGUGCACUGUCCAUGCAGGAGCUGUCAGAGGCACAAGUUGCUGAGCCUUUCAGGACAUAUUAUUCACAUGGUCUCAUUUCCAGUAAUAUCACAGACAAGAGUAAAAGCAGGCAGCCGUUUGUCCUGUUUGGGAGUAACUCAGCUAAGGAGGAUCUGGAGAAUUAUUGUUUCACCUUCCCUUCUGAAGGUCACCAGGUCCGCAACAGUGGGCCCGGUGGGAGUGUUGCCAAGCACAUGCUGCUGCAGUGUGUGGCUCCUAAAGGGCCGCUGGCCUGUGCUCGAACCUAUUUCUUUGGGAGCACCCAUGUCCCUUACCUGGGAAAUGACAACACCCAGCAAAAGAGCACUGAUCUCCAGCUGCUUUCACAAAUCUAUUCCGCUGCGGUUCAGUCUGUAUUAGCAGGAAUUAAGUGUUUUUCUAUCAACUCCAGUGCUAGUAAGGCAAAGGAUGUAGCAGAGCAAACGUUUCAACUGGCCUUAGACAAAUAUGGGUUGAUCCAGUACAGGGGAGCUCUUAGGUCCAAAGCUGUGUUUAGCAUACAGGCUGUCAACAAUGACGGAACAAUUAUUCCACUCAGUGACGAGGACAGUCGGUUUCUGGUGAAGACUGCAUCUAUGGUGGUGUAUGAUAUCCCAGAUCUCAAGAGUGGAUUAAACCUGGGAUCAGUAGUUUUCUCAGAGUCCUUUCUAGAGUCCAGCAUUUGCAUUCAGCAGAGAGAUGGCGCUCUUUCCUCAGACAAUGGUUUUACUGUUCUCACCAAAUCAGUUCCUCGUCAGGUCUGCUGGCUGGUAGAUGAAGCUGACGUGCGAUUGUCUGAACAGGCUCAACAUUUGCUGAAGAAGGAGGAUGGUACGUGUUUGGGCGUUCCUCUAACAGUGAAAGACUCUGCAUACAUGUUCUCUAACAGCCUGCUGUCUACACCUGAGGAAGGGAAGCUGGUGUUUUUCUCAGAGGGUAUCCUGUUUGUCCAUCCGCAUCACGGCUCGGUCACACUCUCUAUGAGUCAUAUCAACACCAUUAAACUCUUUGAUGGGAGCUCGUUGUCGGAUAUUUCAAUGCUGUUUAUAGAGUAUCAGACGUCUCUGCUUCCACACCUUCCAUUCCCUUUACACUGUGCUGAACACUCUCUGGCUAUCGCUCUGCUGCCCAGAACCAAGAGCUACAAAAGCUUCUAUUCUCAGGUGCUGCCAGCUUGGCGUAAGUCAGAUUCUGGGCUGAGAGUUCAACACGUCCUCCACGAUCAGCUGAGCCCUGAGCAGAAGAGCAUGUACGUCAGACUGUCGAAGCUUCGGGAAACACAUGCUACUGCAGGAAAUACCUAUAGAGCUCAUUUGAAGACUGCUUAUCCACGGCUACCAGAGCAGGACAGAUUCCUUCAACAUUUUGCCAUCUGCAGUAGUUUGGGUGAAGAGUCUGUCUGUAGUGAGCACCUGUCCACUGUAUUUUCAGAUGAAGCCCCUGAAAAUACCGUACCCGAGCCUAAGAAAAAGGUGUUCCUUACCAUUAUCACUGGUUUACCGGGCAGUCAUGAGGAGAAUCUGUGUGAUUUCUUGGUGGAAGUGAAUCAGAAUAGUAGCAGGUGGGAGGUGUUUUGUCCUACAAAGGAGGGCUCAGAUGAGUUCAGCGCACUACAUCUUCAGCAAUUCCUGAGCAGCAUUUUAGCCAAACAGAGAGAGACGGAUCUGAUUUCCUUCAGAGUUCUGCUGCUUAUACCCGGGUACACGGAUGCGCUGGAUGUAAUCCAGGCUGUAACUGCUCAUCCAGACCCCCAAGUUCACAGCGUUGUGUCAGUGGGGGCCGUCUCAGCCUGCAUCAACCCUCUCACGUCCUUUAUCAAACACAGGCUUUUCUUCCCGAAACUCUUGGAGCAGUGCAGUCAGGGCAUCGUCAGCAAUGUCGUGUUCACGGGUUUGACUGCCGAGCAGAAGCACCCGCUUCUGAAACACAUGCAGCAGAUAAUCCGUGCAGCCAAUCCCAGCACUGCAUUCAUUUUAGCAGAAAAAGGAGCCGUCAGAAGGACUGAAGAUAUGAGCCUUAUCCUGAAUAACAGCGGUUUCUCACAGUCUCAUAUGAUCAGAGCACGGUACCUGCUGUAUCCCGGCUGGUGGGAGGGCAGGUUUGUGUCUGGAAGUGGCUCUUUAUCUGUGUCUCAGCACUGCAUCGAGUUCAGUCGUCCAGUGGAGAGAGCAUUAUUUCUGCAGCAAUGUAAAGCUCUGAAAUCCUCUCUGAAAGCCACCCCUUUCACGGGAAACAUCUAUCACAUCAGUGGGAAAGUGCUGUUCUCUGACAAUAACAGACCGAUGGUGGUAAACUUUAACUCUGUCAGUGGAGAUCUGAGCGUUGCUCCUGAUCAGGGGACUCACCAUAGCCCACGGACAACAAACAACUCUUACCUGAUAUUUCAUGGAGUGGGGCUCAACCAGGAGGGACUGAAGGACUGGCUCCGCCAUUGUGCUAAACAGAAAAUGCAGAAGAAGAUUGAGAAGAAUAAAAAGACUCUCACCCCGCAGGAAUUCAAAUACAUUCAUGUGAAAAGGCACCUGGAUCCUCUUCCUCCCGGUUACUUCUACAAUGGUUAUCACUUUGUCAGUUUCUUUGGGGAAAAGCAGAAUUUCCAUCCUCUGAUGGACCAGUUCAUAGAGGAGUAUGUGCAGGAGGCCAAUAAGGAGAUUGACCGCUUCAACAAGGAGGUGGAUCUUCUGCCACAUGCUGAUCUCUUUGACCCCUAAUCCCCUCAUCUGACAAAUUCACUUCAAGGGGUGGGGAGGGGAGGUCACUCUACAAUCUCUAAAGUCCACUAUCCAAUUACCUGCUCAAAACCGUCCAUUUCACAUGUCAGAAUGAGGGAUUUACCAUUGAGGGAUGGGAAGGAUUAAGCUCACAGGCAGGGGGGAAAAAAAUCACGGCAUAAUGAGAGAUCCUUUGUCCAACAUACAAUGACUGUAAAUAGUAGCAGUGCCCUGAGAAACGUGAAGGAAAAGUGAAACUGUAAUGCUGAGAUCUGUGUAAAGACACAAAACACAAUCGAGCACCCACAGAUGGGUCGAAUGCAUCUGUAUGAUGGUGUGGCUCUAAUGGAAACAUGGAAAGCCCGGAUCGUUUCUCUUUUUGCCGUGUGCAUAGCGGUAAAACUCCCCUGAAAUUAAUUUUGCUCGCAAGACUCAGUAUCACUCAGAAAUUUGCAUUGGUUGUCCCGCUGUAAUUCCAGUGCCUAGCAGACAUAUGAGCUGAAUGGUAAUGAAGUUUGUCAGCGCGACCGAACGUGAUCAAACAGGGGAAGGCUCAUUUCCAGCCACGCGCAUCUGGAAAGGCACCUGCACUGCACCUGCCCUCAGUCAGCAUCUGUCAAUCUAUCGACCACCGAUGUGAAGAUCAGGCAGAGGAUCUCUCAUUUGCUACAUCUCUCAUUUGACCCAUUCUGUAAUGAUCAACUAUGACUCGGGAUGGUUGGGGGGGUUAGGUUUGCGGUAUGGAGCUUGUAUUGUAUUUGAUGUUGGAUUGAUGUGUAGCACAAGGAUUGGUUUGGUGUUACGCUUGUGCUUGCUGAGUCUUGGUAUUGGCUGAAGCCUUAGCGUGUUUAUCUCACCCCGUAGAUGCUGAUCUAUACUGGUCUGUUGCCGUUCAGUAUUACGGUCAUAUUUAAGCUCUUGUUUUGGGGUGUGUGUUUCUAUGCAUGUUUACUCUUAAUAAAUCACACACAGAAGGGGGGCAGCAGUGUCUUUAUACAUGCAUACAAACACAUUUGAACUUUUGUCUUGAAGACAUGCCUUAUAAGACUCAACCAACGCAACUAAAGUCAGACACUGCUGGUCUCCUCUGUGCUGCAAUAUACAAGUGAAUUACUAUACUAGUUAAAACACUACAUGGGUUAGCAGCUCACCAAGCCAUAUUCACUCGAAGAGUUUGUCAGUUACUGUAGAGCAACGUAGUGUUACUGUUGCCAGGGGCAACUUUUUUCCAUUGUUGCUAUGGAGAUUUACAAAAAUGGUAAAAAGCCGCCUUUUGUCUCCUGAGACUGUACGUCUCUUGGUACCUUGUCAGUAUGCAAGAGCGGUUUUACUCAAGGCUGCCCUGUUAUAGAUGAACUCUGAAAGGACGUUGCCGAGGGUGUAGAUUCACUUUAAAUCGCCAAGGAAAGCAAAACAUGCUACUUGCUAAUAAGCGACAGAGCUUUAGAGGAAGCGGUUAGUUUACAAGAGCUCUGACACACAAUCCCGAUGUGACCACACACGCUCUGAUUUGGAUAAAGCGGUGUUGCUAUCCGAGUGGAAAUCUACACGGCAGCUGUCCUUAAAGGGCACGGGGCUACAUAACACUUAUAUAAUGUGUAGUUCAAAGUAGCAGCCAUUUUUAGCACAUACUAUCUGCAUGUGUUAAGAUGUCUUAUCAAAGUUCUAUUUAUACUAACUGAAAUGCCUUUCACCAAACUGGAGCGACAAAGAGAGAAAUCGUUCGAUCUAUUUUUCAUAUUGGAAAAACAAAGAUUUAUGUUGAGAGACAAACUGAAUUCUAUUUUUCUAAUGCUGUGGAAUCAAUUCAAUUGGAGCAGGAUGAUAGUAUUCCUUGGGCGAAGCAGAUGCUCUCCCUGUGAGAGGGAUUUUGGCUGCUGCUGCAGAGCCUUGGCUCCGAGCGGGGGCAUCCCCUGGCACAGCCAAACGCCAGUGUUGGUGAAAGGAUAUGAAGAAUUGUUUGUCUAUGUGAAUUUAAUGGGACAGCGGGGUCUGCUGGGUAACAGAACGGCACUGGAGGGCCACGGCAAAACUCAAGACAGAGACAGACAGUUUGGCGUUCUUUGACGUUGGAAAUUAGGAACGCCGUAAUCUGGCUUUUCCUCCUCUUUACAGAAGAGUCUAGUGAGGCCCUCCAGAGGCAGUUGCUGGUAUUACAUGCUUUGAUCCCCUUUGGCCCGCACAACUGUACCUGUGGAGCUGAAGUUAGAGGAACAAAACAGAGUUUGGUGAAGAAUUUGACAUUUCUAUGUCAGGAAUCUUAAAUUAACUGCAAUACUGUUUAUAUAGGAGGGAUGGUUUUAUGUCUCUUUGCUUUUGGUUUUAUUGAACAAAAACCUGGGUUUCUAAAAGGUCAAACUUUCAAAGAUAAGCACUUUUUCUGAGUCUGAAAUCAGAAUUCUGAAUCUUAUUAUAAGAUAUUCAGACUUUCUGUGGUGAAGGCUUGUUCCUGACCAAAGCAUUUUACCUUGUCCGGCCCCCAAAGCCAGCUGAUUUUAAUCAAUGUUUGACAACCUUCAGACAGCACGUCUUGUGUUCUCAGGUAUUGUUGGCAACACCAGCAUAAAAAUGUUCAUUUCAAGCAUCCAUCACAACUGGCCUAGAUUUGUUGAUGUUGUUGAUGAUGUGCUGUGCUUCAGGGGACAACGGUAAAAUUACGACAAGCUAAAGGGCUAAAUGAGUUUAUUGCUGCUGCGUGGCUGAGGACAAGCCUGAGAAUUCCUUGUGAAGACUGAAACAAUGAAAUAGAAAAAAUAGCUGUUAUUAGCUAGAAAUUAUUUGCACAAAGUAAAACAUGUAUAAUUGAGUAUUGGUGGUAUGAGGAAACAUUGAAUCUUUUUGAAUCAGAGGGAAAUUCACGUAAUUGAUUCCCCAGUCCUUACUCGGUGUCAGAAUAUCCAGUUCUCAGAAUUCAUGAUAUCUUAGAUAUCUUCAUAACUGAAAAAGAUUUCUGAUGAUUCUACUUGAAAAGUGCCAAAAGUUCUUAAAUGACUUUUAGUUCUUGUUUUUUUUUAAGGGGAUAAACAAAAAACUGAGUGUUGCUUGCACAAAACUACUGUAACUCCUGUUUUCUCCUGUGACUGAUGCUUUUUCUAAUCUACAUUCUAUGUUGUAUUUACGACUAAAUAACACAUUAAAAUAUUUAUAAGCUAC